AUGGCGACUAUUCAAGGCACCUGGACUCUAUACCGACAAGCUGACUCACUUCAACGCUCCUCUCAAACGCUUUCCACGCUCGGCAGCCGCGCCUNNCUGAUCUUCGGCGGCGAGCUUCAUCCCCGCCAACCUCGCGACAACAAUGUGCACAUUCUCAAUCUCGCGCCUGGUUUCCAGUGCCUCCAGCGGACGANNAAAACCUCUCUACAGGCAUACGAAAACAGCCCCAAUCCUUCACCUGAGGACGUAGCUAGCUGGCCGAUAGCACGUGUGGGCACGGCUAGCACCGUUGUCGAUGGCAAAAUCUACUACUUCUCCGGUCGCGGUGGUGUAGACAUGGCACCGAUUGAUGAGCAAGGCAAGCUCUGGCAAUUCUGCUUCUCUGAUGCUCAUGGUGUUGGUUGGAGUGAGAUCUCGCCUGCCGACAACUCGCAGUCAGUGCCAGAGCCUAGAAGUUACCAUUGCAUGACCUCUGAUGGCAAAACAACUCUCUAUGUACACGCAGGAUGUCCGGCUUCCGGUCGCCUAUCUGAUCUCUGGGCUUUAAAUGUUGAAGAAAGGAAAUGGAGGCAAUUGGCCUCUGCACCAGGUGCCCCCAGAGGAGGCACCUCGAUCACAUUCUCAGAUGGGAAACUAUAUCGCAUGGGCGGUUUCGAUGGUAAACAUGAAUUGGGCGGUGAGAUUGAUAUCUACGAUGUUGCAUCUGACCAAUGGAGCACUCAUACCUUCUCGGCCGAUGGCAACGAAGGUCCUGGUUGCAGAAGCGUAGGCACUCUUCUGGCCAUCAACGUUCGAGGAAGACCAUGCCUGAUUAUAGCAUUCGGAGAGAGUGACCCAAGUGCUUUGGGCCAUGCUGGGGCUGGAAACAUGUUACCUGAUGCUUGGCUCUGGGACAUUGAGACCGAGAAGUGGAGCAAGAUUGUCGCCGACGAGGGCGCAAAGGUGCCGCAACCAAGAGGAUGGUUCGCUGCUGAUGUUGUAAUGCUCGAGGGCAAGGAGGGCAUCAUCGUGCAAGGAGGUCUGGCAGAAGACAACGAGCGCUUAGAUGACGCUUGGGGUUUGAGCUUUUGA